AUGUCGGAACACACUACCUUCAGUCUUUCAAAGCCCGGUCGGAAGAUUCAUGCCGGGGUUGUUCUUAUGAACAGCGUGACUGAACUACUCGACAUCGGAGUGGUGGACCUGCUCGGGAGUAUCGACAAGAAGAAUGUCGAAAAGUUUCCGGAGGAAAUUUACUCUGAUGAGCACAAAGCUCAAGCCCUGGAAGUAGAAAUCCAUUGGGUAAAUGAAACCGGUGGAGCUGGAAAGCUGUCCCCCAACUUGACACUCCAAGCCACGGACAGUUUUGAGACCUGUCCACCAUUGGACAUUGUCGUCAUGGGCGCAUGUGAAUUUGCCUAUACUCCCACUGAGGCCGAAUUGAAUUUCAUCAGGAAGGCAUACUCAGACUGCUCCGCCUUCAUCGCAGUGUGCGGAGGCAUGAUGACCCCAAUGCAGGCAGGCUUGCUCAAAGGUAAGACGGCGACUUGCCCGCUCCCGAUUUUGUCUCAACUUGAGGCCACGGCUCCUGAAACGACCUGGGUUCGGAAACGCUUCCAUCGAGAUGGAAAACUAUGGACGACAGGAACUUUACUCAACGGUCUGGAUGCAAUGGCAGAGUUUGCUGAUGAGACCUGGGGCGGUAAAGGGACAUUGAUGGACCAUGCUAUGAAGAUGUGCGCCUGGCCGAGACGAGAUGUCUAUUACAAGGAUGUUGAGGCAUAG